AUGCUUAACGGUGCGGGUAGUACUAUAACUCAAGACCAUGCCCUUUACGAUUCCCCAGCAGCGCAUAGUGGCGGUGUAGAUAAGAAAUACAGUCAUCAUGCCUGGCGAUUUGCUGUUCAAGUCUCUGUUCUUCUUUGGAAAGAGUGUCUCCAUCAUGUACGCCGGCCAUGGAAGUUGUUGUUGGGAUUACUGUUACCCGCACUUGUGGUGGUUCUCUUUGGAUACGCCGUUAUUUUAUCUCCCACGGCGUGGAUAGAACCAUUUGUGUAUACACAUACUCCAGAAGUAACUCCACAUGCCGUUAUCCCAAAUGAGAGUUUAAUACAAUUGGUGUGGGAAAAAGAUAUGGAGAGUGUUACAAAUUGGCGUUAUGUCUUUGAUGAACUUAAUAUGACUUCAUUCUUUAUAGAUUAUGCCGUAAUGGUAGCAACAUUAAGACGAGCCACAAAUAGUCUUUAUGAAUAUGAUUCCGUUGAAUGGAAAACGGAAGAAGUUUCACAAACACUUCUUUCUAAUCGUUAUGCAGCUAUGCCUUUUAAAGUUCCUACAUUAGAUGCUUACAUAAACAUGAUAGAUGCUGCAAGUGUACAUAUUGGUAAACUAGGAAUGAAGUUUACAAUGGUUAUGGAUCCUUUAUUAUAUUUUAUUUUUCAUUUUGGGAAAUUAGCAUUUACUGUUAAAAAUGAUAAAGACCUUAAUUUAAUUACAGCAGGAGUACGAUUAGUGGAGUAUCUUAACGUAACAACUAAAUCUUUUAAAAAUACAGUUUUAUGUCCUUCUCAACCUGUUUUAGCGGGAAAUACGAGUUGUCUCUUUCAUAGUGUACGUGAAGUAUCGAAGGCUCUUUCUCAACAACAACAACAACACUCAAAGCGAGAAGAGACCCUUUGGGCCAUUAUACAAUUAGAAAAGAUAUCUGUACAUCCCACGGAAUUUCGCUACACUAUUUUUAUCAAUGAAACUCUUUUACAGUCAUCUCAAACAAUAGAAGCCUUUCCACAAGGUUUGGGAAAAGAUUAUGCCAUGUACGCCUACAAUGGCGUGUUAACCUUACAGUAUGAACUCAACACAUAUUUUAACAGUUUAGCCAAACAUCCAGGGAAGCGACGAAAUCUUUCUUUAACAUCUCUUGUAGAUGGUAUAUGCAGUACUGUGCAAACAACCAAUAACGCCACUCAGGAUAUGUUUGAACAACCUGAAGAAACGGAACGGCAAGAGUAUAUUAAGAAUGCAUCUGAAGAAAAACCUAUUCAAGUAUUACGUUCUGAACCUUUUCUAGAUGUUAACGCUAUUUAUAAACCUUGUUUGUAUGAAGUGGAUGCAUUUUGUAGUGACUCUAACGACACAACAUCACUCUUGAAAUGUCUGGAAGAUAAUAGUAGUAAAGAUAAUUUCUCUAAAAUAUGUCUUGCUGCUCUUAAGUUUGUUAAUAAGUGUCUUCCAUUAAGUAGUGAGUGUCAAAAAAUAAAUCCAUAUUUACUUCUUACGACUAACUCUUCUUUACUACCUCAAUGUGCAACGUCUCUUAGUAGUGGUUGCACGGAAGAAGAUUUUAUAAAUGAAGUAAAACAGACCAAAAAUGUAUUAAAAUGUUCAGAAGAUUUAAAAAAUGUUUGUUACCCAGGAACUGCAAGUAUUUUAUUUCAGUGUAUGGGAUACCCAAAAGAAGUGGCUGCAACUCUUACAAAUGAGUGCCGUACAGUUCUUGAAUCUUUUUUACCAUGUUUGGAUGAAUAUUGGUCUAUUUGUCCAAUGGGAAAACUUGGGAAAAAUGGAAGUAUUCCAUACGCAUGUCUUUAUAAUAAUAAACGUAUUUUUAGUACAAAAUGUCAAGAUACAAAGUUUGUAAAGAGUAUAUUGCCAUCUUUAUUUAGUCAAAAAGCUAUUAGAGAGGAAAUUCCAGCAUCUAUGUAUUAUUGUCGUGAGGUACAUGAUAUUCAUAAAACUCUUCAAAAUAGUGUUGUUGUUGAGGCUUUUCCUGCAAAUGGAUAUACUCAACAAAUGUUUUUUCUUACAGGGGGUCCAUUUUUGGGAUUAGUAAUUGCCGUUGCAUAUUAUUUUCCCUUUGUAUCGACUAUUCAAUCUAUUGUUCAUGAACGGGAAUCUUGGAAGUACAAGUAUCUUAUCAUUAUUGGGACUCAUCCAUUAGCUAUAUUUCUUAGUAAAUUUUUGUCAAAUUUUAUCGGAUCUAUUAUGAUUUCACUUAUUACAACGUUGUCUAUAGUAUGUUUUGUAGAUAUCCCAAGUUCAGAAGUGUAUAGUUUACUUUAUAUGUAUUCUCUUAGUAUUAGUGCGUUGGGAAUGUGUCUAGGACAGUUAAUUCCUAGUGAACGAAUGGCUACCCUUAUUACUCCUUUUAUUGUAUUUUUAUUUGUUACUCCUGCACUUGUUGGAGAUCAAACAAGUGAACUUAAAGGAGCAUCCAUGCUUCUUCCUCAAACUGUUCUCGCAAAGGCCUUUUCACAGCACACACGGGUUGUUCAGGCAGACUUUGUUGAGGCUGUACAAACUCCUUCUAUUUUACAACCAUUAUGGAUAUUAUUCGGUUUAACAUUAUUUUAUAGUGUUAUCGCUAUAUUAUUAGAAUAUAUUUUCCUUCCAAAUUCACCUCUUGAACGUAUGUUACGCCGUUUUACGGUGUGGUUGAGAAAAAUGAUGAAUCGAUUAAUACGAUAUGGAAAUCGUCAUGCAGUUCGUUACUAUGAAGGUGAAGAAAUGUCAUCUAGAGGAGGUCCCCUUGUGUCUCUUGAAGAAGAAGAAGAAAAAAAUAAAAAUUCAAGAAAAUCUGUAAUACGAGAAUCUAAUCUUGAAUUUAAUAUUGGUGGAAUUAGUAAUGAUCCUAAUAAAACUUUAGGAAGAGAAGAACAUAUGGAUAUGGUUGAUAUUUCUUCAGAAAGAAUGUCUAGAGAAGAGGUAGGGAUAGCUAACGGUGAAACAUUAGCUUCUUUUAUGUCUCCACAUCCUCAAGAAAGUCAAGUGCGACGUUCUUCUGGAAUUACGCCAAAAGUACCAAAAAGUUGGCGUUCCACUAUUACAGCUCGUAAUCUUUAUACGGUUAGCCUUGCAAAACACAUGCAAUUACAACUUCCCUCUGCUGAUUUCUACCAAAAUCAACUUAAUUGUGUUGUAGGAGGCGAUACAUCAGGGAAUAGUCUUUUGCUUGAGAUAUUAAUGGGAUGGUCUGAUAUUACAAGAGGUGAAGUGAAAGUAGAUGGAAGAGAUAUUUAUUUAGGAAAUGAUGCUGAUAUUGGAAUAUGUCUUGCGAAAACAGUUUUAUGGGAGAAUUUAACUGUAAUGGAAAAUAUUCGUUUUAUUCAAAUGCUUAAAGGACGUACUUCUGAUUAUGAAGAAUUACGAAAAGAAGCGAGUAUACUUUUUUCUGCUUUACAGCUUGUUUCCGUAACUCGUGAAUUGGCUCAUCGACUUUCAUCUGGUAUGGCAAGAAAACUUGCUGUUGCUAUGGCAUUAGCAGGAGGAUCUCGUACUCUUUUAUUAGAUGAACCUACUCUUUCCACAGAUCCUUCUUCACGGACAGAGAUUUGGCAUCUACUUUCUCAGAAUGCUGCCGGGCGAUGUAUUGUUGUUUCUACUAGUGAUGUUGAAGAAGUAGAUACUUUUGCAGAUCAUGUCACUGUUCUUUUUGGCGGGGGCGUAACACUUGCAGGAACGCCGGAGUAUAUUCGGCAGAAACUCAAAGGCGGUUGGGUCGUAACGGUCUGCCGUGCUGUUACCACUCGAGUCUCUGUUAUUAUUGAUCGUGUCUUGUCUAUAGUUCCAGAGGCAAAAGUUGUGAGUAGUGUCGGACGUGAGGUCUCUUUUCGUUUAACCAAAAAUUUAACCGAGGAUGCCUUAAAUAAUCUUCUCACGGAACUUCAACAGACGAGAGAAGCGGGUCUUAUCACAAAUAUUAUUGUUUCAGAUAUUCGACUUAGUGAGGCAUUUGUGCAAUUAACGCGAGUCUUGGAUCUUCAGGAGAGUCAAAGAGGUGAUGUUCAAACAACAACUGAUGAGAACACUGCAGCCAAUGGUGAUUAUAUCAUGAUGCCAUCAUCAACAGGAGAAACAGCAGAAACACUGGACCCAUUAAAUAAUAAUAAUAAUAAUAAUACAAGUGAUGCGGAGAGUCAGAGAAAUAUACCUGGGUUAAGAGAAGAUUUUGAAUACUUAAAAAAUAAGAGAUUUAUUACUACUUAUCGCGCAAUUGUGUAUUACCGUGCGUUAGAAGCUAUUUUUACACCAUUUUAUGGAUUAUUACUACUAAUGUUACCUUUAGUGAUGAUAUUUUUUGCCUUAUCUUCUUUAGGGGCUACUUUCAGUAACAGAGAGUUAAGUGAGAUUGCUGUUCUUAAUUGGCAAUUAUCCUCUAAUCCCAGUAUAUCGUUUUACAGUGAUUUUGGAAAGGAUUCAUCUCCUUACGAAAUGCUUCCUAACCUUCUUCAAGAUAAAAUGAUACCAGGAACUAAUUCUCUUUUUACAAAUAUAACCCAUUAUGGGAAUUUGUCUAAAAAUGAUCGUAGCAGUGUUUUUAUGGAUCGAUUUUUAAGGGAAAAUACGACAUUACAAUCUUUUCAUUUUGGUGCUUUUGUAAUGCAAGGACCUAUUAUAACUAGUUCAGAUGAAACUAAAUAUCCAGCCGUAUUUCCAUGGUUAACAGAUGUUGUUCUCUGUAAUACUUCCUUUCCACUUAGUGUACCUGCUUAUGUAGAGAUACUAACAAUGAUGCGUCUUUGGGUAGCAGAAAACAAUACAAAGGGCAUUAUUAGUGCUUCACUUGGUCCACUUGGAAGUAUAGAAGAAAAGGAAAAAGAAAAAAAAUCUAUAUCACCAUUAACAACUGUUGAUGUUAUAAAUACAUUACUACUUGUACUUCCUUUUUCUUUUUAUGGUACUAGAAUGGUUUCAGGUCUUGUUCAACAACGAUACAGUGGACUUUUACAAGUUUUUCGAACCUCAUCUCUACGUCCCUUGGCUUAUUGGGCAGCAAACUUUACUUAUGAUAUGCUGAGUUUUACUAUAUUGGCAUUCCUUGUUGUUUCAACUUAUAUUUUUGCUGGUGUAAAUAUAGAUAAUAAUAAUAAUAACGGUACAAGCUUCUUUUUGAUUUUUGGUCUUAUUAUUGUAUUUGGUUGUGGUAUAAUAUCACUCUCUUAUCUUCUUAGUAAAUGUUUUGAUAAUCCCCUUUCUGCUCAAUCUACUAUAACAGGUAUUGGAAUAUUUACAGGGUUUUCCUUUCUUAUUGCAUCAUCUGCAGUUCGUUUUCUGCCAUCUAAUCCUCUGACAAGUGAAGUGAAAGAAAGUAAUGAAGUUUAUUCAUUAUGGAUGCGAUUUCUUCCUCAUUAUUAUUUGGGUGAGACAUUUUUAAGUUAUAGUAUGAGAUCUGUUUCUUACUCUUCAGAAGUUCCUCCCAUAUUUCGUGUACAACCAUUAUUAAUUUUUCCUUUGCUAUUUAUUCUUCUUGUUAUUUAUGAAUCAUUGAUUGAAAUGAAUGUGCGUAUAUUUAUACGAGAUAAAAUUUAUCUUGUAAUUGGGAAAAAUAUAAAACGUUUUGGUAUAUAUUUGCGUCAAUUUUUAAAUAAAGAUAAUACUUUACUUGUGGAGGAUUCUAAAGUGUAUAGAUGGGAAGAUCCAUCAGGACUUAUUGUAUGUGAAGAUACUUCUAUUACGAAUGAGCGAGAAAAAGGUUAUACAGCAGAUGGAUUACAUGUGGAAGAGUUAUGGAAAUUACGCCAUGAUGUAUAUGCCUUACAGAAUAUAACAGUAAAUGUUGAAAAUGAAACUUUAGUCGUAGUUGGUAUUAAUGGAAGUGGGAAAACAACACUUCUUAAGUGUAUUGUAGGGGAUAUUCUUCCAUCAUAUGGUAGUAUAUUUGUAAAUGGUAGUUGUUGUACAGGUCAAAAUCUUUCUAGGUUAAAAGCUAAUAGUGAUAUGGGAUACAGUGCAGAAUCCUUAAUUUUUGAAGAUAGUAGUAUGACUCCUUAUCUUUUCCUUAAUAUUAUGGCGGAUCUUCGUCUCAUGAAGUGUAAUGCUACUAGAAAAAAACAUAUUUUGUAUUUAUUACGAACACUUGGUAUUUAUCCUUAUAUGCACUAUGGUAUGAGAGAUCUCAGUCUAUCUCUACAAAGACGUGUAGGUUUAGCUGCAGCUCUAAUUGGUUAUCCAUCUAUUUUAUUAUUAGAUGAUGUUACCAGUUCUCUUGAUCCUUUAUCAAGACGAAGAGUUUGGGCAGCUAUUAAAUCAGCACCAAAUGGUACUGCCGUAGUGAUGUCAACAAGAACACCGGAUGAUGUGGAGAUGCUUGGUGAUCGUGUACUUUUACUGGAUGAAGGGAUGAUGCGAUAUAUUGGAACUCCAGCUGAAUGGCGAGAGGGAUAUAAAAAAGGAUUUUACGUCUCUAUUGAUGUUUCAAGAUCUCAUGAACCAUGGACACAAAGACGACCUAAUUAUACAGGAGAAGAAGAAGAAAUUCUCUGUAACUUUUUUUCACAUUAUUGGAAUGAAAGUAUUUUGGUGGAAUCUCAACCUUUUCAUUUUGUAUUUCAUAUACCUUUCUAUACCUACACUAAGGAGGAAUUAACAGAAGCAGAAGUGAUGCAUACAUCCAAUGAUUCUAUACCUAACACUGGAAAAUCUUCACCACAUAGAAAUACUGUUAAAAGUAUUCUUGCUACCCUUAUCAAGGGAAGAAAUGAAGAUUGGUUAGUGGAAGCUCUCCAUGAAGAAGAUGCAAAUAAUAAUAAUAGUAUGAGAGAAUCUCGCUAUUCUAUUACUGUUUCUGAAACAACCAUUAAACACACCGCAAUGACUGCUUUAGGUGAAAGUAUCUCAUUUCAGCGUUCUGCUCAGAAUUUGUAUAAUCGUAGUGUAUACGUCCCUCCACGGGACUGCAGUGCAUCCAUUUGA